GUGAGAGCAUAAGAAAAGAAAGUUAAUCCCGAAAAGUCAUUUGAAUUUCUCUACGUAUGCAGCCCAAAAAGCCAUCGUCCCGAAAGCGACCCCCGUUCGGUGUAUAAGGAUAGUAAAACCGCUGCAGCAGAUCAAUAAAUAGAAUCUAUCGAAAGUGCGCUUUUGCUGUUGUGCAGUGUGGACGGCAAAGCGCGCAGGAUGUGUUUCAUUCUCGGAGUGGAACCUUGAUGUGAGAGCACAAUCACGCUCUCUGAGUGGGGACGGGAGAGCUGCACAAUGUGCUUCAAUUGUGUCAUAUCUGGAGAAGCAAAUGUACCAGAAUGGCAGCAAUGGGCAGACCACCCAGUUCGGAGGGACUAUGACUUCAUCAUGGAUCUGGGGGAGGGGGCCUUCUCCCAGGUUGCCCUUGGACAGAGCAAGAAGGACCCCAAUGUCUAUUCCGCGCUCAAAGUGGUGUUCCUGAGAAGCCCGGAGAUGCUUCAGGACCCAGAGCACCUGGCCAUUAUGAGGAGGGAAGCAGAGUUCCUGCAGUUGCUGGACCAUCCCAACAUAGUGGAGUGCAAGGAUGUGGUGGAGAAUGAGAAGCAGAUGGUGAUCAUCAUGGAGUGGCUGCGAGGCGGCCAUCUGCUGGACAAUCUGGAAGAGAUGGCCGGUCAGCACUACUCUGAGCAGCAGGCAGCCAUCCUCUUUGUGCAGCUGGCAGAGGCGCUGGCUUGCAUGCACCAGUACGGCCUGAUCCACAGGGACAUCAAGGCUGAGAACAUUGUGUUCAAGGACACUGCGACCCAAGCUGCCGCCAAGGGGGUGCCACCAAUUGUGAAGUUCAUUGAUCUGGGCAUGGCAACUCUGUACAAUAAAGACGAGCACAUUCAAGGUGCACUGGGGUCGCCUGGGUUUGUGGCGCCGGAGAUCAUAAUGAAUGAGGACCACACGCCGGCGAUGGAUGUGUUCUCGCUGGGCAUUGUCCUGUUCAUCAUGCUGGUCGGCAGGAAGCCCUUCAACAUCAAGGAGUGGCAGGACCUGAGUGAGCCAGCAAAGGCGGUGCUGCUGGGCAUGCUGGAGUAUAACCCUGCCAAGCGGCUCACGUCCAAGCAGGUGUGCCAGGCGGAGUGGGUGGUGACACGCGGGGGGCUGGUACCGAAGUUACUGCACCCCAACGUCGUUCGUGGAGCGGCCAACGUGGCAUCGCUGCGGCGGCUGCGCUACUUGGUGCACGGCGCGGUCGCGAUGCGGCGGCUGAGCCAGGACGCCUCAGCAGACACGUCAGCGAAGGAGGGGAACGCCCCCGACCUGGAGCAGAGCGUGCGAGCGCGCAAUGAGAUGACCAAGCGGCUGCAGCGGCGGCGGCACACGGAGCUGGGCUCGCUGCACAACAUUGCCAUCCGCCUCAACGGCCGCGCGCUCGCCAAGAAGCACGACCAGGGGCAGACGGUGGAGCCGGAGCGGGACCUGUCGGUGCGCGGCGGGCGGCAGUACACAAUGGGCAGCGUCAACUCCACGCGCGACUUCUACACUGUCCACGGCACCUCCAAGGCCGCCCCCUUCCUGCUCAAGCCAAGCGGCACCGCCAUUUUGCUCUCAGAAAUGGACUCCACCGUCGCCGACAGCUCCUGGCGGAAUAGGGCCCUGGCGGCGACGUUGGGCAAGAGCAACAGCAACACAAUGCUCGAGCUGCAAUCAGGCGGCAUGGAGGAGUUCAAGUCAUCCAAGAAGCCGGCGCCCAACAAGUCAGAGCUGCUGCAGUCCGUGGCCUCCGACCUGAGAGAUCUCUGGCAGGGCAGCAAGCCACAGCAGUCCUCUGACAGUGGGAGCUCUGGUUCGGGUGGCAAGCGCUCCUUCCUGCGGCGGAUCAGCAGCAACCUGUCGCAGCGCGGAUUCAGGAAGAGCGACAAGGACUCGUCCAUUAGAAAUGGCGCAGGCUUCCACAAGGAGAAUGCAGCAGCCAGCACGUCAACGAACGACGCGGCAAUGAGAGACCCCCUGGAGCAUGCGUACUCAGCGCCCGUGAAAGUACUUAGAAUGCGACCGUUCACUGGGGACACGGACGUUGCUACAGACUUGCUGCAGCCCCUGCCCCACAUCCAGGAGGGCCACCGGGAGGGCAUGCGCGACAGCAUAGACGUGCGCAGCAGCAUGGACCCGCAUGGACACCAGCAGGAGGUAGUGACCCCCCUCAUGAAGAGCUCUGCGGGGCUUGUCAGUACAUCACUGCCAGGGCCCUCCAAGUAGAGUAGCGUUGACUGUUUGAGAGUCAUGAAGGGCGGCUGUCUCCUCCGGGAGGAAUGUGAUUGCCUGUAGUGGAGUGUGGAAGAGUUGCCCACACAGGCUCUCUUGGGUGAUAGGUUUUGCCAACAUAUGUGCUGUGACUCAGAAGUUGAUGUAAGGGUCUGUUAAAGCGGAAAUAAGGUCUCCAGUGAUGCGUGCAUGUCACAAAGGCGAUGAAAUGAUACAAAGCAUGUAUUGAGGUCAUCGGCUGCAGUGAUUUGUCCAUAUGCAAAGAGCAGCAUGCGGAUGCAUCCCCAGCAAUUUUGUGAACGACAUGUUGGGCUUUGUCCCAGUCUGUGAAUAUAGAUGGCUUUGGCUUAGAUCAUUCCUUUAGAGGGUUUUCAAUUCAAUUGCUAAAUGGUGUAGUGUCCACAAGCUGUAUCGAGAGAAAGAGGAAGGCAGACUUCAAGGCAGACUGAGCACAAGAUGUAAGGGAUUAGAUUAGAUAUCAAGACAAUAAAAUCAUGCUGAUGCGCAACUUAAUAAUUUUAUGAACAUGU